GAUCGGCUUGUGGUGCUGGGACUGCUGCAGAGGUGGUUGUUUUGGGGAAUAUUGUACAAAUUGUUUUUGGUGUGUUGACGCCGUGCUUCAUAUUGGUGAUUUCCUCAGGUCCCAAGGCUUGACCGAGCCAGAGGAGGAAUUUUGGAACAAAUUGGUCGGCGGCUGUGAUGUGGAAGGUCAUCAGCCAAUUUACGCACUGCAUGCUCCCAUAAACAGAAAUGGGGUGGUGACCGCACCAGUGUUAGUAACUAAAUUCAGUGAGUCCAAUCAGUCUGUGAAGGAUGAAUGACAGCAUCCCCUUCUCUUUGAAGCAGAAUUGAGGGAUGUUCAGGCCCACUUGAGAUGGCAGUGGAGGCAACGAUUUAACGUUUCCCGUGGAGGAAACGCCUUCACUUUGAAUGCUAGCCUGGACUUUGUGUCCAAAUCUGUGAGCUGGGGAUUUCCACAACUCAAAACCUUUGAUGGAGCAGGAAAACUGCCACAGACCGAGUGUUGACUGAGAAGUAUAUUAAAUAAAAUAAGCCACUUUGAAAUUGAGCCAGCACAGAGAGAAAUGAAAUAAUCUGAACACGAGCUGCCUUGAAAAGUUUACAGAUCAAUUUGAUAGCAGAAAAUGAACUUUGGAAGGAGGCCAAACAGAGGGGGAGGAGGAUUCAGCAAACCCCGCAGAGGCUCAGGAGCAGGAAGCAGAAAAGGCUCAGGCAAAGCCUGGGAUGAUGGGGAAGAUUUCAGUUUUAACCAAAAACCAGCUCGCCCGACCAAGCCUCGCGGCCGGGGCAGAGGUGGAGUGAGAGGUAGGGGUAGAGCUUGGUCUGGAGGCAAAGCUAGUAUCCCAAGUCGAAAAUACCCCGAAGAAGAGGUGAAGGAACGUGGAGAAUUCAACUUAUUUGGUAAUCUGGUCAAGUCAGAAAGGUCAAAACAGGAUAGCCAAAGAGAAAACAUGUUGAAAGCCAAAUCCCAGCCUCGCUUACCUUUGCAGACAAUAAACAUGACUGCUGAAAACCAAAAGAAAGUUAAGCAGCUUCUCCAAGAACUACAGGUUCAAGAAAAGGAGGCUGCCGAUGAAAACGAGAAAUCUGAAGAGGACUAUGAUACGAAGGAAGAAUUGGAUCACCUGGAUCACAGAUACGAUGAUCAAUACUGGUCAACGAAGGAAGAGGGUUUGGCUGUAGCUGAAAGCUCUUCGCCAGUGUGUCUUCCUGCUGAGCAACAGACAGAGUUGAAACAGCCCGAGGUUUCUCUGUUUGCAGUUUGGAAGCUGACUAGAUAUGGAUUUCACACAGAGCAUUGUAUGUCAGCGCUCAGAAUGUUUGACGGGGAUGUGGGAUUAUCUGUGGAAAAUCUGUUACUCCAGUGCUUCAAGGAAAAGUUUGGAAAUAAGAUCGAGGUCUCUCCCAUAUCAGAUAACGUCAGCUUAGAAGAGUGUGUGGAGCGGAGACAAGAAGAGGCUCUUGCUCUCCGUUCCAUAUACGAAGGCAAAUUCUCUGAAAAGAUUCAGAACAGAGUUUGGACCAUUGAAUUGCCACUCAAGUUUCUGUCGCAGAAGCUUAUUAAAUCGAAAAUGUGCAAGACUGAAGAAUCGGAAUUGAAGGCGGUGAAAGGCAUUUGUCAACAUUACCUCAAGGGUAGAUGCUGCUUUGGAUCGAGGUGCAAGUUCAGGCAUGAGCCUCUUGGGAAGGAAGAAAGGAAAGAGGACAGUCAUUUGCGUUGCGACAUCAGUUCAAUUCUGUACACACUUGAAAUCCGUUUUCCACCUUGCAAUAAGUAUCCAUACCAGGCUCCACUUUUAGGCUUUUCUACCAUCAAUGACAAUCUUCCGCAAGCUUGCCGUUUGCAUAUAGCCGAGUAUCUCUAUGGAGAAGCCUUGUUAGCAUCGGAAACAAAUGAGCCAGUCGUCCACACUUUGAUAAUGUGCCUGGAAGAUGAAACCAAAAUGAGUGAACUGCUCCUUGAAACCUCCCAUAAAUACAGCAUGGCUCCUGUUACACUUUCUAUUUUGACCAAACAGACUAACGGUGAACAAGAUCACAGAAUGCCUGCCAGCCAUCUUCUUGGUCAUCAGCUGACAGAGAAAUGCAGUCCCAGGAAAGAGGAUGAAGAUGACAUCUUGGAGGAGGAGGUUGAAACUGCAGCUGUGGUUGUAGAAACAGAGAGUUAUGCACAUCUGAAGAAGAGGCAGUUGAAAAAGUUUACCUGGAAAGUGGAAAAUAUAUACAAAGAAAACCAAAAGCUCUGUAAACAAUUUAAAGACAAGCAGUCUUCCAAACGCUACCUGUCAAUGUUGCAAGAGAGGAAGAAACUCCCAGCCUUUGAUGCAAAAGACCAGAUCUUGGAUACGCUGAGUAAGGCACAGGUACUGGUGGUGAGUGGAAUGACAGGGUGUGGAAAGACAACCCAAAUUCCUCAGUUUAUCUUGGAUGACACCCUCAAUGGUUUUCCGGGAGAAGUUGCAAACGUCAUCUGUACUCAACCUCGGAGGAUCUCUGCUAUCUCUGUGGCUGAGCGUGUAGCUAAAGAACGAGCUGAGAGACUGGGAGAAAGCGUAGGAUACCAGAUUAGACUUGAAAGUGUGAAGUCCUCCUUGACCAGGUUGCUGUACUGUACUGCAGGAGUGCUACUCAGGCGCCUGGAAUCAGAUCCAGAUCUUAAAGGCGUGUCCCAUGUUAUCAUAGACGAAGUUCACGAAAGAACAGAGGAAAGUGAUUUCUUGCUGUUGGUACUGAAGGAUUUGAUACUGUCUCGACCUGACCUACGUGUCGUCUUGAUGAGUGCAACACUGAAUGCACAGCUGUUCACUGAGUACUUCAAUAUGUGCCCCUAUCUUCAUAUUCCAGAACGUACUUUCCCAGUGGAUCAAUAUUUCUUGGAAGAUGUGCUUGUGCGGACAAGGUAUGUUUUAGAAGAUAGAAGCCCUUAUGCAAGAUCCGCAAAGCUGAACCAAUAUGAUGAGUCUUGGGUGGCUAAAGGUAAAAAUAACUUGAAUCCAAUGCCAGUCUUUGAGGAGCAGCUAAAGUCUCUGCGACUACAGGAUCAGCCAGCAGUCAAAGAUAGCAUACCUGACCAGCAGCUGAAUGUUAAUCAACUGAUGGUUCGAUACAAAGAUGUUAGUAAAUCUGUAUUAAAGACUCUGGCUAGCAUGGAUCUCGAUAAAAUCAACUUGGAUUUAAUUGAAGCUCUACUGGAGUGGAUUGUGGAUGGAAAACAUGAUUACCCUCCAGGAGCUGUUUUAAUAUUCUUGCCUGGCCUGGCAGAUAUCAAGUUAUUAUACGAACAGCUUCAGUGUAACCCUCUCUUCAACAACAAGCAUGGGAAAAGGUGUCUUGUGUACCCACUCCACUCUUCACUGUCCAGUGAGGAACAACAAGCAGUCUUCCUUCGUCCUCCUGAGGGAACCACCAAGAUCAUAAUCUCCACUAACAUUGCUGAAACCUCAGUCACUAUCGAUGAUAUUGUUUACGUCAUCGAUUCUGGCAAGAUGAAAGAAAAGAGGUAUGACCCAUGCAAAGGGAUGGAAAGUCUAGAGGACACCUGGGUGUCACGAGCCAACGCCCAGCAGAGGAAGGGUCGAGCUGGGCGAGUUGCCUCGGGAGUCUGCUUCCACCUCUUUACCAGUCACUGUUACCGUCACCACCUCCAGGAGCAGCAGCUGCCAGAGAUCAAGAGGGUACCUCUGGAACAGCUUUGUCUAAGGAUCAAACUUUUGGACAUUUUUGCAGAUCUUGACUUGGAGUUUGUUCUAUCGCGCCUAAUUGAAGUGCCCACAGAAGAAAGUUUGAAAGCAGCUAAGAAUCGGUUGCAGGAUUUGGGAGCCCUCACACCAGAUGAAACACUCACUCCACUGGGCUAUCACUUGGCCUUUUUGCCCGUUGAUGUCCGCAUUGGAAAACUAAUGUUGUUUGGUGCUAUCUUCCGUUGCCUCGAUCCUGCUCUGACCAUUGCAGCUAGCUUGGCCUUUAAAUCCCCUUUCGUUGCACCGUGGGAUAAAAGAGAAGAAGCAAAUGUGAAGAAGCUUGAGUUUGCUGUGGCUCACAGCGACUAUCUCACCAUCUUCAAGGCCUAUGAGGGAUGGAGCGCUGCCUUAAAAGAGAGUGCUCGAGCAGCGUACAACUACUGCAAGCAAAACUUCUUGUCUGGAAGGACACUGCAGGAAAUCUCCAGCAUGAAGAGACAAUUUGCAGAGCUGCUGUCGGACAUUGGCUUCGUGAAAGAGGGGCUGCGAGCCAAAUACAUUGAGAAGAUGUCUUCACAGGGAGGCGAUGGGAUUGUUGAGGCCACUGGUCAAGAGGCCAACUCCAAUGCAGGCAACAUGAAGUUAGUUUCAGCAAUAUUGUGUGCAGCCCUCUACCCCAACGUAGUCCAGGUGACUGCUCCUCAGAGUAAGUACACACACACCAUGUCAGGUGCAGUGAAGUUGCCACCGAAGGCAGAGGAGCUGCAGUUUGUCACGAAGAAUGAUGGAAAUGUCCACAUCCACCCUUCCUCAGUCAACUACCAGGUCCGUCACUUUGAAAGUCCAUACUUGGUGUACCACGAGAAAGUGAAAACUAGCCGGGUGUUUUUGCGAGACUGCAGCAUGGUGUCCGUGUACCCUCUCGUCCUGUUUGGGGGAGGCCAGGUCAAUGUGGAGCUCCAGAGGGGGCAGUUCAUCCUCUCUCUCGAUGAUGGGUGGAUUCGAUUUGCGGCUGCCUCCCACCAGAUUGCAGAGUUGAUUCGAGGGCUUCGCUGGGAACUGGACCAGCUACUGGAGGACAAAAUCAAGGAACCCACAAUGAAUUUGUGCACCUGCCCACGAGGGUCACUUAUCAUCAAGAUGAUUGUGAAGCUUGUAACGACCCAGUGAUGGCUUGGCCAAAAAGGUGUCCUGCCAAGGUGCUGUUCAGAUGCAGUGAGAACCUAACGGCCAGGGGGAGCAACUUAUCCUCCCGUUGCCUCCGUAAACACUGGCAGCCAAACCCUUCUGGCCACUUCAGUUACAGAUGGGUUAGUGAACUAUGUGGCACAAGUACUGUGGGUAAGGAUUCAGUACUUGAAUCAUUACAUCAAGAAAAUCUUCGCUGCAUCUCUUAGUAAAGGAGAUCUGAUGACAACCUGAUUGAUUGCAAGGGCAAGAGGAAGCAUUAUUUAUUGUUCAAUAUAGGAAUAAAAAAGGAAGCUUGAAAAAUUAUUGAAUUAUUUUUACUUUAAAUGUAUAAACUGAUAAGCCUGAGAACUGAGAUUAACUUCGUUUCCACAUUGGUGAGAUUUAGUUUCUAUCAGAAAACUAUUUGAGGCCAACCGACAAUAUUGCUGGCUUUAGUUUGCUCACCUUUGAGUGGCUGCUACAGUCUGAGAUCCUGGUUGAUCAGUCAAAGUAACACACAAUAAAUUGGUAGUCUUUCACUGUUAACUCUGUAAACAAGGGUCGUGGGGACGAAAUGGUCAGCUUUUAAAUUAUUUUGCUAUCAAGCAAGCAACUAACUGUUCCAUGUUUAUGGCACUUUAAUAAGCAGUGGAAUAUAAAAUAUAAUUUAAAAUUGGUAUUGUAAUAUCAUUACCAACCGGUGCCAGACCACUUGCAGGUGUAUCAGAGGAAUGAUGGUGGCUAGUGGAGAUGACUAGCAGCUCCAGUAACCAGGGUUCAGUCCUGACCAUUUUGGAACUUGCCUGUUCUUUCUUUGAUCAACUGUGUUUCCUCUGCACACUCUAGUUGUCUCCCAUGUCCCAAAAGGGUUAGGAGGUUAACCAGCCACUGUUAAAUGCCCUCCUAUAUAGCAGGAUCUUGGGGAGUGGUUGCUGAGGAAAUGAAAUGGGUUUAGAUAAUUCUAUUGAUGGUUGGCACUAAUGAGGUGGGUCAAAGUGCAUGUUCGAGUGCUGUGACUGUGACUCCCAUUGCCUCUUCCACACGAACCCCACACACCAAGUUCUCACUCCCCAUCGAGCACAACAAAACAACAUAACAAGAAAACAAGUCCUGAGUAAGGGUUUCAGCCCAGAACGUCAACCAUUUACUCCCCCACCCCCAUAGAUGCUGUCUGACUUGCUGAGUUCCUCCAGCCUUUUGUGCGUAGGAGCAGGUGUAACUCAUUUGCACUAAUUCCAUUUUUAUUUUCCCUUGACCAUCAAGCACCUAUUUAUAUUAAUCCCAGUUUUAUUUACCACACAUUCUCAUCAACUCCUCACCUACGCGAUAAAGGAAAUUUAUAAUGGCUGUUCAGCCAAGUACAGGUUAGUAGGUCACAUGGGUGUAAUUGGGCGGUGCAGGCUUUUUGGGCCAGAAGGGCUUGUUACUGUACUGUAUCUCUAAAGAUGUUGGCACAACAUAGAGACCCUGUAUUGUAGUGUAGUGUUCUGUGUUCUACAGUAAUGCCUUGUUCUUCCGGAGAUUGCUCGGAAAAAAAGUCAAUACGCUAAAAAAAUCUUCCUAAUGCAGUCAGAUCCAGACUGCAAACAGGAUGUUAUUAGAGUAAUUUUUUACCUUGAAUGGGCUUAAAUAAAAUUUCUGCAUUAUAGCUGCAAAAAAAAAUCUGCCUUUUAAAAGAAUAUAUUUUCCUAGGACUUUUCACAUAGAUCAUAAGAUAGUUUUAAUUUAGCCAGAAAGGCCUACAAUCCUUUCAUUUGUAUCAUUCAUUUGUGCCUCUGCUUUGCUGAUUUAAAAGUCCACAUUUAGUGUGCUGCUCACUCUUUGCAAAGCGAACUUCAGAUCCAUUUAACAGAUAUAUUCAAUGGCCUCUUUAUUGGGUACCUCCUGCACCUAAUAAACAAAUUCCCCAACCCUUCCUGUAUUCCUCAUUCUGACCUUUCACUUCUUCUCUCCUGCAUAUUACUACUCCCUGGGCCCCCUCUUCCCGUUUCUCCAGUGGUCCACUCUCUCCUAUCAGAUUCUUCCUUCUCCAGCCCUUGACCUUUCCCACCCACCUGGCUUCAUCUGUCACCUUCCAGCUAGCCAUUUUCCCCUACCCCCACUUUUUUAUUGUGGCAUCGUCCCCCUUCCUUUUCAGUCCUAAGGAAGGGUCUCGAAACCUCGACUUUUUAUUCCUCUCUACAGAUGCUGCCUGACCUGCAGAGUUCCUCCAGCAUUUUGUGUGUUGCUCUGGAUUUCCAGGUACAGAAGUUUUGGUUUCUAUGAUUGCUGCUGUAGCUGGACUUGUUAAAGGCCAAAAUCUGUCCAAGCUAGUAAGCACUUAAAUUGUAUAUCUGCAUUGUUAAAGUUAAGGAGGUUGGUCUAUGUCUGACUUUCUAAAGCUGUCGGAACAGAUAUUUAUCAUUACACAUAAUUCUCAGUUUUUACUUAUGAGAACUUGCUGUGUUAGUUUAAACAACUUACAAUAAAUCUAAUAAAUUUGCAGAUAACCAUG